AUGGAGAAGGUGAAGAAGAUGCUUGAGGCUCAGAGAGUAUCAUUUACUCGAAUUUAUGAUGCGGUGAUCACACUGCUUGGUGAGAAGAAUAUUAAUUUAAUUGAAAUUCGAGGAAAUGUUCGAAUAUUGGACCAGAAAAUUGAGUUGAUUGCUGAUUUGGGCAGACAAUUGCUAGAUCAUAUCCUAGAGUCAGAAAGCAGCGAAGAGAGUAUUUUGCUUUCCGAAAUUGAAUCAGCAGAUAAUUUUUUGAAAAAAUAUCAUGAACUCAAGUUGAUUGUUGAGAGUCAUUCACCGAAUCAUUCCGAUGAAACAAGUAACGUAUGUUCCACCCACACGAAGCGUAAACUGAAGCUACCUACUAUAGAAUUCAAGAAAUUUGGAGGUGAUAUCAGAGACUGGCUUCCAUUCUGGAGUCAGUUUAAGCGAAUUCACGAUGAUGAAGAUCUUCCCGUUGAAGACAAGUUUCAAUAUCUUUUACAAGCUAUGGUUCCGAGCUCUCGUGCUCGUCAAUUGGUUGAGAGUUAUCCACCUAGCGGAGACAAUUAUCCCAAAGUUAUUGAAAGCCUUGAGAGUCGAUUUGGCCGAAAAGAUCUUCUUGUUGAAGUUUAUGUUCGAGAGCUGUUGAAAUUGGUCCUGACUAGUAUUGGGAAUAGAAAUAAGCUUAGUUUUCUCUAUGAUAAGCUAGAAUCCCAGUUGCGAUCAUUGGAAACUCUAGAUGUGACAUCAGAUACAUGCGCAGCAAUGUUGUACCCACUGGUGGAAUCUUGCCUCCCCGAAGAUUUGAUAAGGGUAUGGCAAAGGAGUAGUCAUUAUGAUGUUGAAUCCACUUUGAAAAUACGUUUGGAUAACCUGAUGAUCUUUCUUAGAAAGGAAGUUGAAAAUGAAGAACGCAUUACUUUGGCGGUUGCUGGUUUCGACAUGCAAUCUAAAACAAAAAAGAUUGUGGAUUGUCCUCCUGUGAAAAAUGCUCUUCCAACAGCAUCUGGACUGAUGAAUAAUAAAUUCCAGAAGAAAUGCCACUUUUGCAACGGAAGUCAUUGCAGUGGAGAUUGUUCAGAUGCCAGAAAUUGGACACUAGCUGAUCGUAAGAAGAAAUUGAUUGAACGGGGGUGCUGCUUUCUAUGUCUUAAAUAUGGUCACAUUGCAAGAAAAUGCAGAGUAAAUUCGGUGUGUUCAAUCUGUAAUGGAAGACAUGUUGAUAUCAUGUGUACAAAGACUGAUGAAACAACUACGAAAUUUGUACCUGCUCCAAAACAGUCAAAUGUAGAGAAUUCCCUUUCGAAUAAUACAUAUGCAGAGGUGUUUCUACAAACUCUGAGAGUGAGGCUUAAUGGAUUGAAUAAAUCACGAAUGGCACGAGUAAUCAUUGACACCGGUUCUCAAAGAUCAUACAUAAAACAAUCCGUUGCUUCUGAGAUGUUAUAUGAAUCUAUUCGACGAGAAGAAAUGGUGCAUGCCCUCUUUGGUGGCACGAAUACUGACGUUUGCAACCAUCAUUGUUAUCGAAUACGAUUGAGUAGUAUCCACGACGACUAUGCGAGUAACUUCGAAGCUCUAGACCAAACAGUCAUCUGUAAUAAUGUUACUUCUGUAAGGCAAGGACCUUGGAUGGAUGAACUAAGUUCAUUGGGAAUAGAAAUUUCAGAUAAAAAAGAUGGUCCCGUUGAUAUUUUAAUUGGAGCUGAUAUUGCUGGAAAGUUACUCACUGGAAAACGUCAUGAACUUAAAUGUGGACUUGUGGCAUUGCAUACGCUAUUGGGAUGGACAAUCAUGGGCAAAGUUACUUCGAAUAAGCAAUCUAUAAAUUCCUCAAUGCUGGUUGUUACUACUAUGUUGAAUAGAGACUUGGGCCCUACCGACUUAUGCAGACUUGAUGUCCUUGGAAUCACCGAUCCAUUACAACAGAAAUCAAAAAAAGACACGGAGAAAGCUGUAAUGGAACAUUUCUUGGAAACUGUUCUGAGAAAGGAAGAUGGAAGAUAUGAGGUGCACAUGCCGUGGAUUGAAGGCCAUCCUCCAUUACCCAACAAUUUUUCAAUAGCACAGAGACGACUCGAAAAUUUGAUGAAAAAAUUGAACAAUGAUGGAUGCUCUCCGAAGCAAUUAGUUGAGUCGAGAUGGUGGGAGAGAUUAAUAAGAAUCAUCAAAGAUCUUUUACGUAAAGUCCUAGGUAAGUCAUCUCUGACAUACGAAGAGCUUUAUACAAUUGUUUGUGACACCGAAUCAGUGGUUAAUUCCCGACCAUUGACUUAUUUCCAUGAAGAUAGUAGAGAUUUGGUUCCGUUGACACCUGCUAUGUUCUUACGUGAAAUUCAAGAAGUCGGUGUACCAGAUGUGUAUGCAACUGAAGCCACUGAUCUCAGGAAACAUUUGAGGUAUAGACUCAAACUGAAAGAAGAUUUGCGAAGAAGAUUUCGAACAGAAUAUCUAGGAGAAUUGAAAUUAUUUUCGAAGGGUAACAAUGUCAAAGAUAUCAGAUUGGGAGAUAUAGUUUUAGUUGGAUUGGACAACAUAAAACGAUUGGAUUGGCCACUGGCUCGAAUAGAAGAAAUGAUUCCAGGGCGAGAUGGUAAAAUUCGAGUAGUUCGCUUGAAAACAGCUACGGGGUCAUUAUUGAGACCAGUGCAAAGAAUUUAUCCCCUAGAAAUCAAUAGUCGGGAUAACGAAAUAGAUUUCCAUGCUCUAAACAAAAUAGGACAAGAAAAAAUUAAAGAAGAGAAAGGAACGAAAAGGGACAGAGAACCAGAAGAACAGAAAAAUGAAAAAGAUGACAAACCCGCACAUGAGAAAAAACCUGUGGUCACAAGAUAUGGGAGAAUUGUCAAACCCCCAUCGAAGUAUACAGGGUGA